UCAACGCUGCUUAUCAAGGCCCCUGCAAACCAUCAGAGCCAGCUCCUGGGAUGCAGGUGGCAGCAGUUUCAAGUUACACCCCUAUACCCCAUCUGUGCCCUGGCCUCCACCUUAUAAAGGACACCUGUGUUAUCUUCUUCUAAGAAUGGGUGGCUACUUGGAGAGUCAAGGGUGUGUCCUUGAAUCUGUCUGUCUGCCAGAGCUGAUUUGUUUGCAAAAAAGAAAUCAAAACCUGGUGACGCCCUCUUCUCUUUUAGAAAAUUGCUUUUUUGCUAAGAACAGGAAGUCCCAGACUCCAGUCCAUCCAAACUACUGCUGAAGCAGCAAAGAGGCAGAAGCACCCAGGGCUGACUUGAAAUGGCAACCUUGGUUAAGACCAUCCUGGAGAAGUUUCCCACAUUGCUGGACCUACAGCUCAAGCAUGGCAGCAAGCUGGGCUAUGGCUUGGUGAGCCUGCUGACCGCAGGCGGAGAGCGCAUCUUCUCCACGGCAGUGUUCCAGUGCCCCUGCCACCCCACCUGGAACCUGCCCUAUGGAAUGGUUUUCCUUUUGGUGCCUGGGCUGGCGCUCUUCCUCCUGGGCUACGUGCUGAACACAAGCACCUGGCGCCUGACGACCGGCUGCUGCAGGCAGGACUGCAGCCAGUUGUGCACCUGUGGGAGCCAGAGCUGGAAGGAGUUCCUGUGGAUCAGCGCCACCUCCUUGGUUGCCCCCCUUUCGUGGGUGGCUGUGGGGCUGCUCGGGGGCACUUUCUACGAGUGCUCCGCCAGCGGGAUCCCCUCCUUAGCAAGGCGCUUGUGCCUUGACCGCUAUGAAAACUGCUCCAGGUUGAUGCCCAAGUUGCCCUGUCUGCGGAACCUAGAGCCGGACCUCCUGAAGGCGCUCCAGGCCCAAUCGCAGGUGGCUGGCUGGAUUCUGAUAGCUGUGGUUUGCAUUAUUCUUAUGAUUGGUACAUCUAUUACCUAUUGCAGAUCUCCAGUUAGUUUUAUGCAGCUGAAAUUUAGCACCGAGUAUGUGAUUGAGGAGCAGAAGAGCCUUAUAAAAGAAGCCAGAGAGAAUGCAGCUGAUUUGGCAAAUGAGAAUGUUAAAUGUUUCUUUAAGGGCUCACGUCCACAUCACCAGACCCCAAGUGCUGAAGACUGGAAGAAUAUUUCACCACUCUAUACUUUGAAUUCAAAGGAGCCAUACUAUAGCAUGUUGCACAAACAUGUUAACACGAGAAGGAAGGGUGAAGUGGCUUCUACUUUUAAUGUUGGAGAGGCAAAAUUUUAAGACAACACUGUAUGACCUUAUGAAUGAAUGGGAAAAAAGUUCUUUUGAGCUUCAUUUGAAAAAAAUUCUGUUUUGUUGAUGACUGCUUUCUUUUUUAAGGCUUCCAAACCCUGGAAACAUAAGUUUAUAUUUGAAAUAAAAAUUUAGAAUUUUA